AUGGCGCACACUUUUUUAAUUUUAGUUGUCGAAUGUUGCAUAUUGAUUGGCUCAACAAGAUAUUUGGCAGCGCUUAACCAUAAAGCUGAUAAAAAAUUAACCAAUGAUUUUUUCGACUCAACGCAUUCAGGCACAUCAAACUCAUCAUUGACAACUAACGAAAAUAAUAUAGUGAUUUUCGAAACAACACGUGUUCGAUUGCGCGAUGGUGUCGAACUUGCAGUUGAUUAUCUUGUGGUAUCAAGCAUUGGACGUUUCCCAGUGAUUCUCGAGCUAACACCUUAUGGACGCGGACCUGAUCGAGUCAAUUAUCGAUAUGAAGCCUCAUAUUGGCGUAAGCAUGGUUAUGCAUUUGUUAUUGCUGACUGUCGAGGUACAGGUGAUUCGGAUGGUGAAAUGGCAUUUUUUAGUCGUGAAGGUCAAGAUGGCUAUGAUUUGAUCGAAUGGAUCGCGAACCAACCGUGGUCCAAUGGUCGUAUUGGAAUGCGUGGUUCGUCUUAUACAGGAACUAAUCAGUGGUUUAUUGCGCGAGAACAACCACCACAUCUCUCAUGUAUUACACCAAGUGCUACGAUUGGCCGUCCAAUGGAGGAUGCUCCAUAUCGUGACGGUGCAUUUGCAGUUGGAUGA